UACUCAAUUGUGUUAUUAUUAACCUUUUCUUCGUUGACUGUUGACCCGAGUCGUCGAGACUCGAGAGGUUUCUUCAAUAGACUUUAUCCCGGUCACUCUCGCUCGUGCACCACCGUGACGAAGCCGACGGAAUCCACCAUGAACUUUCCUCCGACGAAGCUUGAUUAUCAUGUAGACAUGUUCAAUCUCCAAUCUCAGUCCAGAUUCCUCUCCUUAUACAAGGCGGAAGAUGGACGCACAGCUCUGAUAUUGGAUUCGACGGUGUUUCAUCCGCAAGGUGGUGGUCAGCCGUCAGACACCGGUUUCAUCGAAUUCUCCGGUUUGGAUUUCAAGUUUUCCGUUCAAGAUGUUCGAUCGAAAGACGGAAUUGUUCUCCAUUACGGAGUUUUCGAAGGUUUGAAUCAUGAGAGUGGGAUGGAUAUUGAGGAAGGGAAAGAAGUUCAUUUGUUUGUUGAUGAAUCAAGGCGCAAACUCAAUUCCAGGUUACACUCAGGUGGACACUUGCUAGAUAUGUGUAUGCAGAAAGUUGGGUUAGGACAUUUGGAGCCUGAAGGAUACCAUUUUCCAGACGGUCCAUAUGUGGAAUACAAAGGAAGUGUUCCACAGAAUGAACUGCAGGUGAAGCAGGAAGAGUUGGAGGCGGAAGCUAACGAACUGAUAACGAAAGGUGGAAAGGUUUAUGCUGCUCUAUUGCCCUAUGAAGAGGCAUCUGUGCUCUGUGGUGGCAGUCUUCCUGAUUAUAUUCCUAAGGGAAGCACUCCUCGGAUCAUAAAAUUAGGUGACAACCCGGGGUGUCCGUGUGGUGGGACACAUGUCUCCGAUGUAUCUGAUAUCAUAAGCAUGAAGAUCACACAGAUGAGAACAAAGAAAGGAAUGACGAAAGUUUGCUACACCAUUGCAUCUUAAACUUCACUUAUUGGUUCCAGCUUCCAUACUAAUAUGUAUACAAUAUGAAUAAGUCAAGGAGGGAGGGAAUUAUAGUGACGACAACUAUUUUCAUCAGUUGGCUUCAACAGCAAGCAGCCUCUCCUGUGGUUCAACAGCCACAAAUCAGUAUUUUGUGGGUAAUUUAUCAAAUCUAUUAAACGACUCUCCCUAUCAUUGAUAAGUCGUAUAUGAUAUGAUAUUGAUGUGAUAUGAUAUGAUCUUCCCACUCCGCCUCUUAAUUAGUAUUAGUGUAUUACUAUAUUGACUCUUGGUAUUGUAGAACCAUACUGGACAUUUAAUCCGAGAUUUUUAUAAUAUUGUUCGUGCAUCGGUUUGGUUUG